GCAGCCCCCCAGCAUCUCCUUGGGCUGGUGCGGUUCGUGCCAUCAUGUCCUUGAAUAGCCUGCCCCGGAAAUGGUCCCUGGCGCUGGGACCGUUCUGCGCGUUGCUUCUCCUGGGGUUGGCCCUCUUGCUGCUGCAUAGAGCAAGCUUCCAGUACCGCAAGUCUUCCAGGAAUGAGAAGAGGAUCCGUGCCGUCAAGAAGUGGGAUAUCUGGAUCGAGGACAGGAAGAUCCUGGAGCACAUGCUACUCACGGAGAAAUGCCGUUGGGACCCAGAUGUGGCAGCUGUGGCCCAGUACAGGGCAGAACUGAAGCAAUGUUGCAACGCUUCCUCCUUGCUCAUCCUGACCAAGGAAAACACCCCUCUGGGAUCAAACAUCGUCUUUGGGAAGGAUAGACAAAAAGUGCCCGUGAGACCUGAGCUGGUGGACCUGCUCCAUGAGAGAUUCACCUUCUCGAAAGAUCGGUAUGAGCAUUGCGCCGUGGUGGGGAAUGGCGGGAUCCUGCAGAGAAGCAGCUGCGGGAAAGAGAUCGACCAGGCAGACUUCAUAAUCAGGUUCAGUUUGCCUCCCCCCCUGAAUUCCUCGGAAGAUGUGGGGACCAAGACGAGUCUGGUGGCCUUGAACCUCAGCAGCCUGGACUCUAAGCCCCAGGGCUCCCAGCGGAAGCGUCUUGCAGAUGCCCUGCGCCCCUACCGCAACGCCCUCCUCCUCCUCCUCCCCCCCUCCAUCACCCCCACCCUCCAAAGCCACCCCCCUCUGCACCCGCUGGAGGACUCGGAGGUGCUGCAGCAGGCCUCCUUCUUGAACCCCCGGUACCUGGACGCCCUGAGGAGCUACUGGACCCGCGAGGGCUUCCAGCCCGAGUGCCUCUCGCCCAACUUCGCCUUCGUCAGCCUGGCUCUGGAGCUCUGCCAGCGCAUCACUCUCUACGGGUUCUGGCCCUUCGCGCACGGCCUGAGCGGCCAGCCCAUCCCGCGCCGCUCCCAGGUGCGCGUCAGGCCCUGCGAGUUCUCCUGCUACCUGAAGAUGUACGUGCAGGGCAUCCUGAGACUGCGGCUGGGCAAGUGUCCGUGAGGGACAGGAGUCCCUCCUCUCUCCGGGGGCAAGGAGGAGGUUGCAUUUUCAAACAGGCGCCGCUUGAAGGUUUCCACGCAGACUUCAGUUCCGGCGUGGGCAAGCCAUUUUGGAAGAGCCCGCCCUGGAAGGUUGUUUUGCAGCAGUGAUGCCCUUUUGCGGUGGGG